GUUAAUGAGUGAAACAAGUUUAAUAACAUAUUCAGAUAGAGAAAUGGAGUCCUCUUUGAAGGAUUUAUUAGAAAGGAUACUCAUGUAAAUGGAGAAAUACAUAGAGACUAAAAAUGAUUUGAAUGAAGUUGAGUAAGAACUGAAAGAUUAUGAAAAUUUAACUCAAUUAGUGAAUAUCAUAAAAAUUAUCUUUACUAAUUUGAUGUUGAAGAUAGAGAAAAAAAUUUAGUAAGAAUUAGAAAUAUGAAAGGAAAUUAGAAAAAAGUAUAGAUCCAACUAUGUCAUAAAAAAGUAUAAGAACAGAGGAUGAAUAUGAGAAAUUAGAAUAAUCAGUUAUAAAAUAUGAGAGUGAAAUACGGAAUCAUAUUCGGGUAUGAAGUUAGUAUGAUUUGAGCUUAGUUAGAAUAGUAAUUAAAGUUAUAUGCAGAAUCAAUCUAAUCAAAAUUAGAAGAAAGUGAAGCAACAAGAAAUGAAUUAUUAGAAACAACUAAGGCUUUAAUGAAUGUAUAUUGAAUUUAGAUAUUAUAAAAGAAUUUGAAAAGAGAGAAUCAAAAAUAUUAUGAAGAAAAUCAAUCUUUGAAUGCUGAAAUAGUAUCUUACAAAGAGAAGAUUCAAUUGUUAGAAUUGGAAUAAUAAAAGAAAACUAUAGAACUUGAUCAUGUAGAUUAUGAAGUUCAAAGAUUAAAUAAAAAUACUUAAUAAUUAAAAGGACUUGUUUAAAGGAAACCAAAUAGUAAAGAAACUAAUAAGACUAAUUCUUAUUCAGAACAUAAAUUAAGUAGUCAAUUAUAGGAGAGUACUGAUUAUCCAACAUAAUCGUAAGGAUCUUUGAAAUAAAAUUAUUUCAAUAUUUUAUAAUAUGGGUAGCAUCAUCAAAUACAAUCCUUAUAAUAAUCAAUUCAAUAACAGGAUUAAAUAAAAGGUUAUCAUAUAAAACAUAACUCAAUAUCUUCGAUAAAUGAUAUAAUAUAACAAUAGAAUGCAAUUAAAAAUAUCAAGACACAUAUAGGAAAUUACACUGUAUCAAAAAAAGAUUCCUAAAAUUCUAGUAUUUUACAGAAAAACAUUAAUUGUAAAAUAUAAAUAAUUUUUUGUAGAAAAUAUUUAGACUUAGCCAAGAAGUCGAAGUGGAAGUACAAGAAGAAAUAUCAAUUAAAAAUAGAAGACAUCUAUUCAUUAAUGA